CUUAUCUGUUGGAUAUCUCUGCAUGCGUGUACAUAUAUAAAACUUUGUUAAUAUGGAUAUAUAUAAGGAAUUAAUGGACAAAUGGGUGAUACACGUCUUCCCGUUAUCUCUGGUAACAGACAAGUCUUCAGUGAAUGUUCAUCGUAUACUGCAAGAGGGUCCCUGAAGAUAUUGCAAUCUACAGAUAUGCUACAUUUAUACAAGAACCGGCUGCAACACUAUGCUCAAAAGAAAAAUAUCACUUUCCCUGAAUAUUCUUGUGAACUUGAUGGUCCUCCUCAUUCUCGUCGCUUCAAGUCAAGCGUUACAAUUGAUGGAAGAACUUUCAAAGCUUUGGCAUUUUGCUCCACAUUAAAGGAUGCUGAACAUGCAGCUGCAAAAGUUGCUUUCGAAUCACUUUCACUUGAUAACUUUCAAGAGGAUGACGGAUUGUACAAGAAUCUUCUACAAGAAUUGUCUCAGAAGGAGGGGUUCCUCUUUCCCACAUAUGAUACAAGUAAAACUGGUCCACCUCACGAUUCAACUUUUGUGUCAACUGUGGAAAUAGGAGGUGAAAUGUUCAAAGGAGGGGAAGCUAAAAGCAAGAAGCAGGCAGAGAUGAAUGCUGCAAAAGCUGCUUACACUGGUUUGACGGAGCGGAGAGCAAUUCAGAACUCUAAUGUUCUUUCCCCUGGUUGUUACAUACUGAAAGCUUCAGGAGUCGCAUCUUCCGGUGUGCAGUCCGUUGUUGCUUAUGAAUUGCAACCAAACAUCAAUCCACAAGCCAGCCUCAUAAUUUGUGAGGAACAAGCAGAGGAAGAGAAAGGCGGAGCAUCUAAGAACCCUAAACUUCUUUCCCCUGGUUGUAAUGUAGAGGAAGAGUUGAAGGUCUCACCCUCCUGUGUGCAGUCCAUUGCUACCGAUGAUUUGCAACAGAAUAGCAGACGGAAAGCCAAACUUGUAAUGGAUGAAGAACAAAAGACAGAAGAAAAAGGUGUUGUUCUCAAAACUUUUAAUUCUGUUAAUUUUGCAGGAUUAUUCUAUUGCUAG